AUGACCACUUUCAGAACCGCUUUCCAGUCCGCUAAAACAUUUAGCAUGGUUUCCAAGAGUUUCGUACCCAAGUCGACCAUUAAGACCACAACAUUUCCCACAAUCAUUAAGUCGUCUUACAGCACAUCAUCUACUGCAGCAUCGAAAAACUACUCAGUGUCUUCUUCGAGUGGCAGUAAAGAUCAGAGACCUACUGUGGUGAUUAGCUCUGACAAUGAUGGUGUGGAGACUGUCAGCGACCACAUCAGAGUCUGA